AUGACAGUAUCUAUAUACUUCGAUGGUGGAAACAGUCGUGCUACAAAAUGGACACAAGGAGCUUCAGCUGGUGCGAUCGUCGCAGGGGGAAACGGCGUUGGUAGUGAUGUUAAUCAGCUCAUUGACCAUGGUAAUAAUCGUGUCACAAAAUGGCCGCCUGAUGCAGCUAACGGAACGGUCAUUGCCGGAGGGUAUGGAAUUGGAAGUAACGUAAAUCAGUUAAGUUAUCCUUAUGCAGUAUCUGUAUCGUACAGUUCAUCAAGUAUUUGGAUAGCUGAUAUUGGCACUCAUCGCAUUUGGAAUAUCUGUGGCAAUGGCCACAAUCAACUGUGUUAUCCAGCAUCAGUUGUUGUAGAUUCGAAUGGUUACAUUUACAUUACCGAUUCUUUCAAUAGUCGUAUUAUGAGAUGGAUGCUAGGAUCAAGGUCAUGGUACUGUUGCCGUUGGAAGCUCAACGUACCUAUCGCAAAUUUAGGUUCAUCGUCAACUACAAGAGCAGACAGAAAUGACGCAUCUACUGGUAUCCGACACCCGCGUGUGUGGAUCUUCUUACUGAUCUAUUCAAUUAUUCGCUUCAUGAAAACUGCAAGAAUACUUUUUCAUCAGCAAUGA